GUCUGAGAGCAUGUCUCUGAACCCGUCCACGCUGUUGAGUGGGAGUCUCGGGUUUCUAUUGACUGUAUGGUCCUCUUGGCCAUAGUAGCCGUUUCUCUGGAAGCAAGGAUCCACAGUUAGAGUACACCUGGUUAAUUCUCUACAGUUCGCAGAUGCCUCUCCAAAAGGAUAUUCUCACAGAGGUCUGGACAGAAGACAGGCAAGAUGGUGCACACAUCCAGAAGAAAGAGCAACAGAAGCCCAAGAAGAAGAAGUCUGAGUCUGUGCCUACUGAGUCCAAUGGGACUGAAGCCAAACCCAAGAAGACAAAGAGCAAGAAGAAUGGAGAGCUCUCUGCAGAGAGUCCAGCCAUCCAGAAUGGAGAGAAAGUAAAGAAAAAGAAGCCAGAGAAAGACAAGGAGAAGGGUAAAGAAGAUACUAAAGAAAAGACAGAACCAAAAAAGAAACCAAAGAGUGCACCAAAGAAGAAAAAAAGUGUAUCCGAUGAUGAUGAUGAUGAUGACAGUGAUGAAGAGGAAGAGGACACUCCUCAGAAGAAGACCAAGAAAAAGACUUCAAAGGACACUGAGAAGAACUCUAAGGACAAGGAGAAGAAGUCUAAAUCAAAAGAGGACAAAGAUUCAGACAAAGGAAAAUCAAAAAGCAAGAAGAAGGAGCCAGCUUCCAUGUUUCAGAUAAACGGGGACAAGUCGGAAAGCAAGAGCAAGAAAAAAGCUGCCAAGUCUGAGAGCAGCGACGAGAGUGAGCCCGAGACCAAGUCCAGUAAGACAAAAAAGAAGUCCAGCUCUAACUCCAACCCAGCGUCCAUGUUCCAGACGGGAGGGGACAAGGACAAAGACAAAGCCAAGGACAAAGACAAGGACAAAGACAAGGACAAGAAGAGCAAAAAGAAAGCCAAAGCAGAGGAAAGUGAUGAGGAGUCGGACUCAGACAAGAAGAAGAAGAAAGGCAAAGGAAAGAAAGGAAAGAAGGAGGAAAGAGCACCGUCUCCCAUCAUCGAGUUUGACAACCUGGAGGAGUUUGUACUGCAGCCAGCACAGCAAGGUGUGACGGUAAAGUGCCGCGUGACACGCGACAAACGAGGCAUGGACCGUGGCUUCUACCCUACCUAUUACCUCCACCUGGACAGUGAGAAGAAGCAGGACUUUUUACUAGCAGGAAGGAAAAGAAAGAAAAGCACCACGUCCAACUACUUGAUCUCCAUCGACGCCACUGACCUCUCCCGCGGAGGGGAAAACUUUGUUGGCAAACUACGAUCCAACACCAUGGGAACCAAAUACACCGUGUUUGAUAACGCCUUGCAUCCGGACAGAGCGCUACCAGACAUGUCCAAUGCUCGGCAGGAGCUGGCUGGCAUUAUUUAUGAGACAAACGUGCUGGGGAUGAAGGGACCCAGACGGAUGACCGUCCUCAUCCCCGGGAUGGACAAAGAUGGGGAACGAGUGCCCGUUAGACCUCGCCAUGACAACGACGGCCUUCUGAUCCGACACCAGAACCGGAACGUGGAUAACCUGAUUGAACUCCACAACAAGACGCCAGUCUGGAAUGAGGAGACGGCUUCUCACGUUCUCAACUUUAACGGCCGUGUCACUCAGGCCUCCAUCAAGAACUUCCAGAUCGUCCACAAUAAAGACCUGGACUACAUUGUGAUGCAGUUUGGGAGGGUGGCGGACGAUGCCUUCACGCUGGACUAUAACUAUCCACUCUGUGCAGUACAGGCCUUUGCCAUCGCGCUCUCCAGCUUUGACGGUAAAAUAGGCUGUGAGUGAACGGGGUGCCCACACAGUCUCCAGUCCCGUGCACUCACAUAGCUAACCACGAACUCACUCAGCAGUAGAAGAACCCUUCGAAACUCUGUCUGCAUCAAGAUCCACCUAAUGAAUGAGACGAGCCACUGGUGGCCCCUAGUGGACAUGAGUGGACAUGCUCAUUCCUUUCCCCCCCCACGUGGAGGAAUGGGAAGAAAUGCAGGACUGCUGCUGGUUAUGUCCAACCAGUAAAUGCACCGUUCCAGUGUCUGGGGCUGCUAAGGGAAAUUGCAGUGGCAUAGAAUUGCGUGAAUGCUGGACUGAGUUGCCUAUGCUGAUGUCAGCUGGAGUUUUUGCAGUCUUUCAUCAUUUCUAUGCACCUACUUGAGAUGAUAUUUGGUUUAUUCUGACAAAUCUAACUUCUUUCAGUAAACCAUUUAUGACACUGCAAAGACACUGAGAUGUAUUUCUUCUAUGUGUAGUGCAUGGAUAUCUCACUGCAUUAUGGUUCAUUAUUGUAAGGUCACUAUCAGUUGAUCUGUUUUAUGAGAAGCAUGUGUCUUUAUUUUCACAAUUCGAUCGUAUCUGUUUUUAUUCUAUGUUUAUGCUUGUGUUUGAAAAUGUAUUCCUUUGGUUAGAAGAUGUGUGUGUGUGUGUGUGUGUGUGUGUGUGCGCGCGCGCGCGCCUGUGUGUGUUCAUGCAUGCAUGUGUGUCUGUGUAUAAUCUGUGCAAAGUGGACUAAUUGUUAGUUGACUAAUGAAUA